CUGAAAAUUCAGUCCGAACUAGCGUAAUAAAUAUUCAAAAUACGGACAUUUUUAGUCGCAAAGGCAAAAACGAUCAGAUUUAAGUUAAAUUACGAGCAAUUGCGGCUCACCCUUAGUCAAAUAAACUCUUCCGAACUUCCCUUAAAUAUACUUCGCAAGCACUCGAAUAAGUCUUUUAUUCUCCCUGAAUUUAACAGAUAAAAGGCCUUUGAAAGGUUAAAAUCACGCAUUCCACUAUGGAUUUAUUAGCUAGAUAAUGAGGGAGAUGACAUCCUUUUAGAUGCAUUAGAUGUGUUGCUUAAGCCCGCUUUGACCUUAGAUUGUUUGCUUUGUACUUACACACAUUACAAGUCCCAUUGUAAUCAACAUGAUAAAAGACGUUGAAUUAGCCAGUUCAAGUGGAAUUGUAAAAAAUUCAAAUUUAACUGGCAAUUUCCUGCAAAAACGGUUCGCCUGCCCACACCAGAUUCAACAGUAAAAUCGUGUUUAUUGGUUUAUUAAGGGACUGUGGCGAUUUGGAACAUGGGCUACGACGAUGUUAUAUCGAUGCUGGGCGACUUCGGAAGAUAUCAGAAGAGGAUCUAUUUUUUGCUGUGUCUUCCUGCCAUUCUAUGUGCCUUCCACAAGCUGGGAAAUGUAUUUUUAAUAGCCGAACCGCCUUCCAGAUGUAAAUUGCCGUACGAACUCGCAAAUGCCUCCUACCAUAUCAACGACACUGAAAUGGAAAAGUGGUAUUCCUUCAACAAGACGAGAGACAAAAGCUUCCACUCUUGUCUCAUAAACGCACCAAAUUCCACCAUUCCUCAACCAUGUGAUGAAUACAUUUACGACCUCAAAGCCUACGGAUACACGGCUGUUAUAGACUGGAACUUGACAUGUGAUAAAGCGUAUUUAAUAGCCAUAGGUAAUUCCCUGUUUAUGUUUGGCGUGAUGUUCGGAUCGAUCGCUUUUGGAGAAUUGUCCGACAGAUGGGGCAGGAAAAACACGUUCUUUCUAUCCCUGGUCAUGCAGGUGGUGUUUGGGGUGGUAGCCUCUGUCGCCCCAGAGUUUUGGACCUUUACUAUAGCUAGAGCUGUGGUUGGAGCUACCACUUCUGGAGUUUUCCUAGUAGCUUAUGUAAUAGGCUUGGAGAUGGUUGGCUCCUCUAAGCGGAUGAUCGCCGGGACGGUUUGCCAGAUAUUUUUCUCCGUUGGCUACAUGUUGACUGCAGUAUUUGCCAUCUACAUACCGAACUGGAGGUCGUUGCAAUUCGCUUUAACUAUUCCAGGCCUCGUCUUUUUAACCUACUGGUGGUUGAUUCCUGAAUCGGCCCGAUGGCUGAUCAGCAACAACAGGCUGGAGGAGGCGAAAAAGAACAUCCAAGUUGCAGCCAAGUGCAACAAAGUUCAAAUUCCAGAUAAAACAUUGGAUGAGCUGCUUCGUCCAUCGAGCGACAGUCCGCGAAAGGUUGCCGGUGAAAAACAGCCGAAUAUUUUGGAUAUUUUCAAAUAUCCCCGACUGAGGAAGCGAUCAUUGAUUAUAUUCUUCGAUUGGUUUGCCAACAACAUCACUUAUUACGGACUGUCUUGGAAUACAAACAAUCUGGGCGGUAAUCCGUAUUUGAAUUUCGUUAUUUCGGGCGCUGUGGAAAUUCCUGCAUACGCUUUUUUGAUUUUCACAUUGAACAGAUGGGGACGAAAGAAUAUUAUGUCUGGGUGUAUGAUCACUGCAGGCACAGCGUUGCUUUUAACGAUGAUUGUUCCUCAAGAUCUUCAAUGGUUGAAUAUCACUUUGGCCAUGAUAGGAAAGUUGGCUAUAACUGCGAGUUAUGGGGCAGUUUACGUGUUUUCCACCGAACAAUUUCCCACUGUGGUGCGAAAUGCUGGUUUAGGGGCAGGCUCUAUGUGUGCCCGUGUUGGAUCAGUUACAGCACCAUACGUUAAUAUAAUGACACACAUAUGGAAGCCUCUUCCCUUGCUAAUAUUCGGAGCUUUGGCCUUUAUUGGCGGCUUAAUGUCGCUUACUUUACCGGAAACUUUGAACCGAAAGUUGCCGGAAAGUUUCGAAGAAGGUGAAUCGUUUGGAAAGAGGACGAAAGAAGCCGCUUCUACUCUGGAAGGAGUUAAGCUUGAAACGAUAGCAAACAACCAAGGAAACGGUGUGGAAUCAGAGCUGCUUAAACUGAAGCCAGACGACGUCUAAUGUGGGUUCAGAAUCCCGCAAAUUCGUAGAUCUGACACUGUAUUAGACUAAAGUAUUUUUACAACAUGGGUUUCGACGACGUUUUACCAGUAUUAGGCGACUUUGGAAAGUACCAGAAGCG